AGUUUUCGCCGAGGAGAUUCCGGCUCAGACAGUGUAAGGUGGGGAGGAAUGACGAUGGCGGGCUUCUUCUUGAGCCCUAGGAUUCCAGGGCAUGCGCCUGUGGGAGAGGAGCAAGGAGGAGCGCUGCUGGAUCGCUGCGAUUCGUCGCGAUCUCUGUGAGGUAUUGUGAUAAUCAAGCUCCGGCGCCUCGAAAUCGGCGAUCGAUCGGCGGAUCGCGAGCCAGGCAUGGCGGCAUUGACACCGGGCGUGCUGAUCAAGCUCUUGCAAUCCAUCGAGUCGGAUGUGAAGCUGGGCGGGCAGUAUCGUUCGGUUUUGCUCCAGGUCGUGGGGAUCGUCCCGGCGCUGGCGGGCAGUGAUCUGUGGCACAACCAGGGGUUUUACAUCAAAGUCUCGGAUUCCUCGCAUGCGACCUACGUGUCUCUCGCCGAGGAGGACGACGAUCUCAUACUGAGCGAUCGUCUCCAGCUGGGGCAGUUCAUUCACGUCGAUAAGCUCGAGCACGCAUUGCCAGUUCCGGUUCUUCGUGGUGUGAGACCGCUCCCUGGCCGACACAAGUGCGUGGGUGAUCCGGAGGACCUCGUCAUGUCAUCCUCGGGAGGAAGAAAUCCUCCCCACUUCCAGUCCUUCCUCCAAGAGAAGGAUUUCCCGAGCAAGUCCGACUCUUCGUCAUCGAGCAGUGGAAGCGGAGGAGGAUACUCUUCCGGUCACAAGGUGGCGAGAGGGUAUAACCGGUCGUCCGCAGAGACCUUUGCUGCCAAGCUUGCGGAGCGUCUCUCACAAAAGCCUCUCGAGCCUGAUUCGUGCGAGGAGAUAGACGAAGAGAGACAGGCGAACCAUGAGGAACAAAGGGGCCGUUCGAAGGGAAGAAUUGUCAAGUCGAGGGUGUUUGACUCCAUUCCAAGCCCGAGGACUGGCGCUCGUUCUAUGUCUACUUCGCCAAUGCGACGCCAUUCCGCGACUGAUAAGGAGUCGCCUAGACCACGGAGACGUGCUUCCGACGUUCCCGUUUUGACAUCUCCUCGGACCAGGCAGCCGUCUCCUGUGAGCAAGAGAUCAUCGAGCACAAGCAAGGUUCAUAAAGUUGACAGCAACAAGAGGAAGUCACUCGGCGGCGGUGGAGUGAAGUUGAGCGAUCUGGUUGCUGCUGGUUCCAGGACACUGCGCAAAAGCUGGGAGGGUGCAUUUGCUCAGAAGGAGGCCAAAGCUGCAACGGUGAAGCAAUCAAAACCUGACUUGAAGAUUUCCAUUCCAAUUAUUUCUAGUAGCAGAAACCAGGACAAGGGAUUGCUGUCGCCGCAGGGGGAUUCUCUUAAGCCUCCCAUGAAGGUACAAGUUAGCGCCAAAACUGCGACGACUUUUCCUCCCGAUGUGGCUAGCGUGUCUUGGGACGAUCUACCAGCUGGCUUGGCUAACUUUGCAAAGGAUGCAAUGCAAAGGAGAAAUGCGGCGUCGUUGGCAGCGGUAGCAGCUCUUCAAGAAGCAUCGGCGGCGGAAGCAGUCAUACGUAGUUUGAAUAUGUUUGUAGAGAUACGUCAUCUUUCCAGACCGGAGAGACCUCAACCAACCGUAGAGAAGUUUCUGAACUUCCACAGAUCACUUGAGCAGGCGUCUGCCGUCGCAGAAGCGCUACUCGUGAAUCAGCAAGCUGUCUCCACUCCAGAGAAGCAGUCAGGAGGGAAGAUAAACUUUUCAAAUGCUUUGUUCGAGGAGAAGGCAAAGAAUGCGAAGAACUGGGUGGAGUCAGCAUUGGCAUGUGACUUAUCGGCGUUCUCAAUGCACUGCAAAGGCCAGGCCAGCAAGCUGACGCCCAAAGAUAUGGUGCAUCCGGUUAUUGUCGUGGAAGGAAACUCGGUUAAGCCCCGCGUCCUGUCUUCGUCGGUCACUCCAGUGAAGCAGCCUGCGACUUUGGCCGCGUCACCUCGAAGAGCGCUAUCCUCAGUCACCCCGACAGCCAACGAGAAGAAAGACAAUUCAAGGACCGCGUCUCCGUUGAAGGCUACGUCGGCAUUUGUCCGCAGGAAUCUCACCGGGGGUGUGAAAGGAAAAACUUCCAGCCGAGACGGUGUUGGAGAGACGGUUUGGAGCAAGGGGGACGGAGUGAAGGAGACGGCUGACUUGGCCAAGAUGACCCGGUUCGAAUCGCAGUGCUGGUUCCUCAAGUUCAUGGAAGAGGCACUGGACAAAGGCUUCCGCUCGGAGAUAAAGCAGGAGCUGGAGAACAGCCAGUUAGCAGCGAUAUUGUCACAGCUCAAAAGGGUCAACGACUGGCUGGAUCAGGUUGCAUCGGAGAAAGAAGACGUCCCGGAUCUACAUCUUGUAGAGACGCUGGCCAGAUUGAAGCGGAAAAUCUACGAGUUUUUGAUCAAGCACGUUGAGUCUGCUGCUUGUGCACUGGGCAGCAGGAGCAAGGCCAGCUCCUAGUUGAGCAAAACAGAUUUUAUCAAAGUUUUCUUUUCUGUU